AUGGCGGACCUACGUAAAUAUUCUCGGGCUUUUGUAACUGAAUUUAUAGAAUUAUACCGGGAAUUACCUUCAUUAUGGAUGGUUAAGAGUAAAGAUUACUCAAACAGAGAUUUAAAGUCACAAAGCUAUGAGAUAUUAGUGGGAAAAUUUAAGGAGGUGGAGCCAAACGCUGAUCGAGAUUUUGUGUUAAAAAAAAUUAAAAAUAUGAGGGAUGUUUGGCGAAGACAACACGAAAAGAUUGAAAAAAGCUUGAAAUCCGGAAUGGCUGUGGAAGAUAUUCCUACUCCAUCAUUAUGGUAUUAUGAUUUACUCAACUUCUUGAAAGAUCAAGAGACGACUAGAAGUUCAAUAACUAACAUUAAAAUAGGAAACAAAGAUCGGGGACCUGUCGAUGAGGAAUUAGGAAUAAAUAGAAAUGAAGAUGUAGAUUCUGAUACAUUUUCGGAGUCAACGCAAUCACCAGCACCCUCAACAGUGUCUACUACGGCAUCUCGUGAUAGUAAUAAAAAAAAGAAGAGACCAAGAGAAGAUAUUCUUAGUAAAAUCAAUGCUCAUCUCAGCGAACCUAUUCCGACAGACCGCUGGGAACAUACAGCAAAAUCAUGGGCUGGUAUUUUAAAGAGUUUACCAAAUGAUCAACAAAUUUUUGCGGAGAAAUUAAUUAACAACGUUUUGUUUGAAGCACGAAUGAAUUCCCUCUCUCGUCAAAGUCGUAUUGAUGUAAAUCAUAAUGUUAAUAUACAAUUGCUUUCUAAAAAUGAAAAUGUUCAAAGUGCUCAUAAUUCAAAUGCUACUACUGAUGAUACUUUUUCACAAAGCCUUUUGAUAGAUCCUGUGAGUGGUCAAUUAAUUCAUGUUCCUCAGGAGACGUACAAUCAGUCACUAGAAAUUGCAGAAACCCGAUUGCUCAAUUCUAAAACAUCUCAAAAGCUUACGAUGUAUUUUAAUAAUUUUCAACCAUAA